AGCCUGGGCUGUCUGUCCUGCUGUUUUCAAGCUCAGCCAAUCCUCUAUGUGCGAGGGGCUUCAGCAUCAUGAUAUUUAACACACCCACCCUGAACAUCCGACAGAGGUAUUUCCUCAGGCGCCUGUCAACGGGCAAGCAUCACGUUCACAUGAGCUGGAUGUUCAGCAAGAAACGCUAAAACUUUCUCCAAAGAUCACAUUUGAUGACGGAAGGAGGUGCGAUGCCACACUUUCUCGAAACCUGCCAGGGCUGCCAUGCGUCUCAUCGCUUUCAACGACUGAACAGCCUCGGUUUGUACCGGAUAAGAAGAGCGAAUGAACUUGUGCAGCUGUGAAAGCGAUCUCGUGCGUUAUAUGAAUAGAGACAGAUGUUUUCUCCGUACAUUGAGAUGGACCGCUGCAUCGCGAACACGCACUUUUGUGGAUCAUUUAUCUGACGAGGCUUGACUUUAUUAUAUCUCGCAAAUAUCUGCAGCUAUUAAAUGUUAGAACAGACUACGAGUGAUUGUGUCAGAGAUUGUUCUCGCGACUGACUGCACGGGAGGAAUUUAAUCGCGAGCGCACGUAAAUAACUGGAUUAUUGUUUCGCAUGGAUGUGGAUGAGCGCUUUGCUACAUAAAUCCUCCUUUCUGCCCUGAAACUGGCAAAUGAAAACGAAAACGUUCCAUGUGUUCUUCUCAUAAAAUUGGGAGCCCGUGUUUUAUGUACUGUUGGCGAUGUAGUGCGCUUGCUCACUUUUAUCCCUGCAAUUCCAAACAAGUCUUUUCUCGAACAGGAGACCCUGAAGAUGAUCCUCUUCAGAAAAUUCCGCGUCUUGAUUCUGAUGGUGUUUCUUAUAGCCUGCUCGAUGCACAUUAUGAUAGACUUGUUACCGAAGCUGGAGAGACGGAGCAGUAGCGCGUGCUCGUGCUCACACACACCCAGCGAAGAGCCGCAGAACUGGGCUAAGCAUCGAGCCAAGCCGGGAUCAGAGUCCGGCUGGCCUAAUAAACACACGCUCAGAAUACUCCAAGACUUCAGCAACGAGCCGAACUCAAACCUGUCCUCUCACUCGCUGGAAAAGAUCACCGUUGGGGAGAGAUCCGAGGCUUUGAAAAGGUUUGAGCAGUUGACAGGUGACGAGAAGAGGCACACGGCACGGGACUCUGCCUUGAAGAACGCAGCUGUCAAGGGUUCGAGGCUCUCUGCGCUAUUUGAGCAUCCUUUAUACACCAGGCCGUUGCCUCCUUUAACUGACGAAGACACUUUAUUCAAUGUCAACACUGAUAUAAGAUUUGACCCUAAAGCUGCAGAGAACCCAGAGUGGAAUGGGGAAGGUAAAGAUGGGGAUUAUGCUCCUACGGGCGAGUUGUCCUCAGACUCCUAUCCAAAUUGGCUCCGCUUCCACAUUGGGAUCAACCGGUAUGAGCUUUACUCCAGGCACAACCCGGUCAUAGAUGCAAUGCUGAAGGAUCUGGUGUCGCAGAGAAUUACCAGUGUUGCAAUGAAAUCUGGAGGCACGCAGCUGAAGCUCAUCAUGACAUUCCAGAACUAUGGCCAGGCGCUCUUCAAGCCCAUGAAGCAGACACGGGAGCAGGAGACACCCCCAGACUUCUUCUACUUCUCUGAUUUCGAGAGGCACAAUGCUGAGAUCGCAGCAUAUCAUCUAGACAGGAUCCUGGAUUUCCGUCGAGUGCCGCCAGUGACUGGGCGACUGGUGAAUAUGACCAAAGAGAUAAGAGAUGUAACUCGUGACAAAAAACUGUGGAGAACCUUUUUCAUUUCACCAGCCAAUAACAUCUGUUUCUACGGUGAAUGUUCGUACUACUGCUCCACUGAGCAUGCUCUGUGCGGAAAGCCUGACCAGAUCGAGGGCUCUUUAGCAGCAUUUCUGCCCGACCUGGCCUUGGCCAAGCGCAGGACCUGGAGAAACCCCUGGAGACGAUCCUAUCACAAACGCAAGAAAGCAGAGUGGGAGGUGGAUCCAGAUUACUGCGAAGAGGUGAAGCAGACGCCACCCUAUGACAGCGGCACACGCCUGCUGGACAUCAUGGACAUGACCAUUUUUGAUUUCCUCAUGGGAAAUAUGGAUCGUCAUCAUUAUGAGACAUUUGAAAAAUUUGGAAAUGAAACUUUCAUUAUUCACCUUGAUAAUGGAAGAGGCUUUGGUAAACAUUCUCAUGAUGAGCUCUCCAUACUGGUGCCUUUGAGUCAGUGCUGCAGGGUGAAGAAGUCCACUCAUUUACGGCUUCAGCUGUUGGUUAAGGAGGAGUUCAAACUGAGUGCUCUGAUGGAGGAAAGUCUGCAGACUGAUACGCUGUCACCCAUCCUUAUUAGGCCUCAUCUGGAGGCUAUGGACCGCCGGCUGCACCUGGUGCUCCAGGUACUGGCCGACUGCAUUGAGAAGGAGGGCUACAGUAAUGUAGUAGAGGAUGACCUGCUUGUGGAGGGCUUGAACACGGGCACAGCCCCACAAAGGUAGUGGGCACAGACUGAUCAGGCGUCCCCCGGUGGCUCCUUUGAAGUCCCACCACAGCUCUAUAGACCAUGAACGUCUUGCAAGAGAUGCUCUUGUUGAUAAACUUUUCUGAAUUCAGUGAAUUCCAAAGACUCAUUCCUCAACUAAUGGACCAUGUGUUAAAAUAAAGACACGCAUUACACAGAGAAAGAGACGGUGUUCUGCAGUCCUGCAUCCAAAAUGUAAGCUGAUCUUCACCUGUAACAGCCAGUGUUGUAAAGCAGCGGUUCUCAACUGGUGUGGAUCGUCACCUUAAAAUGGGCUUGUUUUUUUUGUGUGGAAA